CUCUCUUUCUCUCUCUUGCCCCAAAACCCAAACCCUUGAAGCUUUUUCGCUUAGCUCCUUCUUUUGUGGCGGCUGAUUAUCCUCUUCCGCUCCCUCCCUCUCUAUCAAUCUCUCCUAGGGUUCGGUUCUCGCUAUACGCAGCAAGAGAUCCCUCAGCCUCAUGGCCGCCGUUGCUCCUCCGGCAGAUCAGGCUGCAGAUUUACUGCAGAAAUUAUCUUUGGACUCGCAGGCAAAGACUAUUGAAAUCCCCGAUGCCACCAAAAAGCCUUCCAUUGAUUCUAGUAAUGUUGCUAAUGGAAUUCAAUCAGAUCGAUCCGUCACACCUCUAUUACCUGAUUUUAUGGAUCCAACAAUGUGCUACCUUCCAAAUGGCUACCCUUCAACUGCAUACUAUUAUGGUGGCUACGACGGGAGUGCUAAUGAAUGGGAGGACUACACCAGAUAUGUGAAUCAAGAUGGAGUUGAGAUGACUCCGGGGGUUUAUGGGGAUAAUGGAUCACUUAUGUACCACCAUGGCUAUGGUUAUGCUCCCUAUGCACCUUAUUCUCCUGCUACUUCUCCUGUUCCAACUUUGGGACAUGAUGGUCAGAUCUAUGGAGCUCAGCACUACCAGUAUCCCACUCCUUAUUUCCAGUCGUUAACACCAACAAGUGGUCCGUAUCCGACACCAGCUGCUCCUGGGAAAGGUGAGAUAACCGCAUCUGCAGCUGCUGACCAAGCGCCUUUGUCGGUAGACUCUACUAAUUCAAAAUCUAAUGGCAUUACCAAUAGUGGGGUUGCCAAGGGAAACAAUGGUGCCGCACCGCCUAGAGCAGCAUAUCAAAAUGCAUCAUUUAAUGUGAAUGGAUCCUAUGGAAGGGGUGCACUGCCUGGAGGAAUUCCUGGUUCUGGUUAUCAGGACCCAAGAUUUGGAUAUGAUGGUUUGCAAUCGCCAUUUCCAUGGUUAGAAAGCCCAUACUUUUCAGAUGGACAGCCAAGGCCUGUAACUACUUCUUCAAUGACCUCUCCGGCUUCAAAUGGAAAUGGUGUUGUUCCUUCAACCAGAAAUCAGAAUUUUCGACCCCAUCCUAUGGGUUUGCACCACCCAAGACCAAUGUCUGCGAUGAAUUCCGCUAAUGGAUACAUAAAUAGGAUGUACCCCAACAAGUUAUACAGCCAGUACGGAAAUGCUUACAGGUCGGGUCUGGGCUAUGGAUCAAACGGUUAUGAUACACGGGCAAGUGGACGUGGCUGGAUGGCUGUCGAUAGCAAGUACAAGCCUAGGGGAAGAGGGAAUGGCUUCUACAAUUAUGGCAAUGAGAGCAUCGAUGGCCUGAACGAACUGAACAGGGGACCCAGAGCGAAAGGCUCCAAGAAUCAGAAGGGCUUUGUGCCAGUGGCUCUGGCUGUCAAAGGGCAAAACAUUUCCAUGAGCGGAACAACUGAUAAUGAGGAGAAGAAGUCAAGUGUGACCCCUGAUCGAGAACAAUACAACCGACCAGAUUUUCCAGAAACUUAUGCCAAUGCAAAGUUUUUUAUUAUCAAGUCAUACAGCGAGGAUGAUGUCCACAAGAGCAUCAAGUACAAUGUCUGGGCUAGCACACCUAAUGGCAACAAAAAGCUGGAUGCUGCUUACCAAGAUGCUCAACAGAAACCUGAGGACUGCCCUGUUUUCCUUUUCUUCUCAGUCAAUACCAGUGGCCAAUUUGUUGGUGUUGCAGAGAUGACCGGCCCUGUUGAUUUUAACAAGAAUGUGGAGUACUGGCAGCAGGACAAGUGGAUUGGUUGUUUCCCUGUUAAGUGGCACAUUGUGAAGGAUGUACCAAACAGUUUGUUGAAGCAUAUUACCCUUGAAAAUAAUGAGAACAAACCUGUAACUAAUAGUAGGGACACCCAAGAGGUUAAAUUGGAGCAGGGACUUCUGUUGCUCAAUAUUUUCAAGGAUCAUACAAGUAAGCAAUGCAUCUUGGAUGACUUUGAUUUCUAUGAGGAUCGUCAGAAGAGAAUUCAGGAGAAGAAAGCCAAGCAGCAGCAGUUCCAGAAGCAGGCUCAAGUAUGGGAAGGCAAACAUACUGAAGAGAAGAACAAGGAAAGCACAAGUGUUGAUCUUAAGCUGGAGAAGUCAUCCGAAACGGCCUCUCAUUUGAACAAGGAAUCAACACCUGCUGUUCAUCUUAAUAGGGAUAGCAAGACUGUUGAAAGUUCAAAGUCCGGAGAUAUUCUCAAGACUGUAAAGCCUGCUGCUGUUCCAGAGAAGAAGCUGGUAGCUAAUGGGGUUGCAAAUGGUUGUUAGCUUCAGCUAUGCUGAAGGAGGGCUGGUGGGGAAACACUUGAUGAGAUGGACAUAUGCUUGCACGGAGCAAUGGGGGCUGCCUCUUCAAUUGUUUCUCAGGAAAGCAUAAACUCCCCAAGUGGAAACUAGGGGAGAAGCGCCAAAUCUGAAAUUUUUAACAUGGAUGGGGGUUUUGUUUAGUUUCUAGCAAGGGCUUCUUGUCCUUAGGGUUUGGGUUUUAGGGGUUGUAUCCUUUUUCUUUUAUUCUGUUGAAAUCUUUUCUAUUGUGGUUCCUCUUCUUGGUCAAUUUUUAAUUUUUGUUUUUUUCUUUAUGAUUUGUGGGAGUAUGAUCCGAUCUUGUGAAGCUAUAGCCUUUUUUUUUUUUUUAUGGUGAAAAAAGAGGUAGAAGCAAGGUGAGGAAAGGUAGUGCUAAUAGUUGAUUACAACGACGAUGUCCUCUUUUAUAGUUUCUAUAACUAUUUUAUGAAUGCCCUACAAUUAGUUUUA